CGCGCGCGCACGCAUACACGCUUGCACACACAAAUCAGUGGAGGCUAUGGUGGGUGAAGACGCACGCGGACCUCCAGUGAGCUCGUUUCCAGUGUGAUCGACCUGCGGCGCCGUGUCGUUGUGGUGGGAAGAUGUCUGUGAACGAGGUGUUCGUGUUCCGGCCCUUCAAGCUCAUCGCUCUGCUGUGCGUCUUUCUGGCUCUGUGUCUGGACGUGGUGGCUCUGCUGAGCCCAGCCUGGGUCACCGCGGAGCACUUCUCCCUGUCCCUGUGGGAGUCCUGCUCCCAGUCCGAGGCGCGGACUCCGGCGGAGGAGGCUCCGUGGAGCUGCUUCUCCACACUCACAUCUGACUGGCAGAUUGCCACCCUGGUGCUGCUGGUGGCCGGUGCUGUGGCAACUCUCUUGGCCUUUCUGGUGGCCCUGAUUUCCCUCUGCAGGGGCACACAGAGGCACCACUACCGCACCGUGGCUGUGCUGCUCUUCACUGCAGUGGUCCUGCAGUCCUGCGCUCUGGUCCUCUACCCGAUCAAGUUCAUCGACGGAACGGUUCUUCAGACCUAUCACGAGUUCAACUGGGGCUACGGGCUCGGCUGGGGAGCCACCAUCUUCAUGCUGGGUGGAGGGAUCCUCUUCUGCCUGCGGACGGACGUAUACGAGGACGCGAUGUACUGAGUCCUGUCUUGAACCGCCACCACUGGGAACACACACACACACACACACACACACGCACACAAAGAAUUCCCAUACAGGAGGUGUGCUACUUUUCUUCACGCGGCUUCUGUGCAUGUGAGCACAGACCCCCGUCUCUCUCUUUCUCCUGCUCUCUCUGUUAUUUUUAGACGGGUUGUGAAGGCCCAAUUUAGGCCAGGGCUUUAUGAAUAGGGCGGCCAGAACCCCUCCUCCCAUGCAGUCGGUAUCAGGGAUGGAGAGCUAAAGCGCAGAGAGCUUUCUGGACAGGCGUGAGCCCCCGAUGCUGGACGUUUCCACCGCACGUUGACCUGGAUCUCUAUUGGUAGAGAAGCGGGAUGGUAGAUUCUGAGCACACACCUGAAUGUGCAGUGACUGAACAUUUCACGGGAUUGACUGAUCUCCACAUUUCCUUUUUUUUUCUUAGCAUUUCAUGAGGAUGAGCUUGUUGUUGAUGUAUUUAUGGCAUACACUUUAUACAUAUUGAAAAACCUGAACUUCCACCUCUGUGUGUUCUAGCUGAAACAUAUCUAGUAAUGCCAGGCCGUCUGAUAUUAGAAUUGUAAAUUAGAUAUAUGCUAGAGCUCUCGAGUGUUUAUAGUUUGUUUGCAAACUCACACUAGUUGGUCUCAAAUAAAAAAUGUAAAUGUGUACAAAGUAUUUCUACAUGAAGGAAAAUCCAUAAUAAAAAAUAGUAUUAGAAGUGUGAUCAAACGUUGUUUUCAAUAGUCAGACUUGGUAUUCUGCCGCUCUGAUGCCAGCGGCUCACAAACUGACCUUUGACUGAAUGUAAAGAGGGAGGGGGGGUCAUCAGGGGUGCUACGCUUUCUGUUUCUUUUGGACCAAACAGCAAUGAGACAAAAAUGCAAAAAACUUUCAUGAUCCAGAGCACACAUUCCUCAGAGGAACAUCCCCCCCCCCCCAGGUUAUUUAAAGAGACACUGCCAGUUGGUUAGCUUGCAGCUAGAUAAAGUGUGAAUGUAUGACACUUUGGUGGAAACAUAAUGAGCAACAUAAAAGAUUUUAUUGCAAACCCAUUUUUGCAAUUAAACUUUACAAAUUCCCAAAUUUCAUCUCUUUUAUUUUGAAGCCUCCCUCCUAGUUUUCAGAUCAAAAGGUAGCUGCAGGUAGUUUAUUCAUGAUUUAUGUGUGUUAAGUGUGCUAAUAAAAGUU